UGUUGAUGUUGUGUGAGGUGUUGGUGUGAUGAGCAGCGCCAGCAGCUCGCCACUCACACUCUGAGAGAUUUUACUCACUGGGGAGCCCCAUAACAGUAAUGUGAUGCACCCCAUCACCUUAUACACCUCUUCUGUUAUAGUGUCUGGCAGCAACUCUCCAAAGAAUAUCACAGCUUUGCCAGUGACUUGAACAAUGCUGUAUACUAAUAUGGAAGGUUUGACUGAAACCAUGAUGAAUCUGCGAGUCGGGCAGACAGGUGUCGGCAGAGUUGCUGUCGGAGAUGAUGGAGUGGUGGUUGCUGGAGAGACCUCCAUUGGAGGUCCUCCGUCGCCAACAGGUUUGCGUUACACUUCAGACAAGCAUCCCAAGUUGGCUUUGGCAAACAUAAAUAUGCUACAGAAAAGAAGAGAGUUGUGCGAUGUUGUACUCAUUGUGGGAGGCCGCAAGAUCUUUGCUCACAGAGUUAUCUUGUCUGCAUGCAGUCCAUAUUUCCAUGCAAUGUUCACGUCUGAACUUCUAGAGGCAAGACAAACAGAGGUGCCAAUACGUGACAUUGAUGAGCACGCAGUAGAUUUGCUAGUUAAUUUCUGCUACACCUCAGAAAUCACAAUAGAAGAGUCCAAUGUACAAACUCUUCUACCUGCAGCAUGUUUACUACAAAUGCAAGAAAUUCAGGAUGUAUGUUGCGAGUUCCUCAAGCAGCAAUUGCAUCCUUCCAAUUGUCUUGGAAUCCGUGCAUUUGCUGACACACACUCCUGCAGAGAUCUCCUCCGUAUAGCUGACAAGUUCACUCAGCAUAAUUUCCAAGAGGUGAUGGAAAGUGAAGAGUUUAUGGAACUGCCAGUCAAUCAGCUGAUGGAUAUUAUCUCCAGUGAUGAGCUCAAUGUGCACUCUGAGGAGCAGGUGUUCAGUGCUGUCAUGGCUUGGGUCAAAUAUAAUGUCACAGAGAGAAGACCAUACCUUGCUCAAGUCCUGGAACAUGUCCGCUUGCCUUUGCUCAGUCCAAAGUUUUUAGUGGGAACUGUUGGGUCAGAUCUGCUUAUAAAAAGUGAUGAGGCAUGUAGGGAUCUGGUUGAUGAAGCAAAGAACUACCUCUUACUGCCUCAAGAGCGCCCCCUUAUGCAGGGUCCUCGUACCAGGCCGAGAAAGCCUAUCAAAACAGGCGAGGUGCUUUUUGCAGUUGGUGGGUGGUGUAGUGGUGAUGCCAUAGCUUCUGUUGAGAGGUUUGAACCUACAACCUGCGAGUGGCGGAUGGUAGCUCCAAUGAGUAAACGACGUUGUGGAGUUGGAGUAGCAGUCUUAUCUGAUUUGCUUUAUGCUGUUGGAGGACAUGAUGGACAAUCUUACCUCAAUAGUGUUGAAAGGUAUGACCCACAGACCAAUCAGUGGUUGUGUGAGGUAGCACCGACAAGCACGUGCCGGACCAGUGUUGGCGUGGCAGUGUUAGAUGGUUACCUCUAUGCUGUGGGAGGACAAGAUGGUGUGUCCUGUCUAAAUGUUGUAGAGAGGUAUGACCCUCAAAGUAAUCGCUGGACAAAGGUUGCAUCUAUGAACACUAGACGGUUGGGUGUUGCUGUUGCUGUCCUUGGCGGAUUCUUGUAUGCUGUCGGUGGAUCAGAUGGACAAAGUCCUCUUAACACAGUGGAGCGCUAUGAUCCAAAAAUGAACAAAUGGGCAAUGAUGCCAGCAAUGAGUACACGUCGCAAACACCUAGGAUGUGCUGUCUACAAUAACAUGAUCUAUGCUGUUGGUGGGAGAGAUGAUUGUACUGAGCUAUCUAGUGCUGAACGAUACAACCCUCACACUAAUCAGUGGAGUCCUAUUGUUGCAAUGACAUCAAGACGAAGUGGGGUUGGCUUAGCAGUAGUUAAUGGUAUGCUGUAUGCAGUUGGUGGUUUUGAUGGAACAACAUAUCUCAAAACUAUAGAGGUGUAUGAUCCUGACCAGAACCAUUGGCGGUUGUGUGGGUCCAUGAACUACCGUCGGCUGGGUGGUGGUGUAGGUGUUGUCAAGCUUCCGCAUAAUGAAGCACAUCUCUGGUGAUUAAACGAAGGGCUAGAAUUCUGGCUUGGUGUAACUGUCAGUGGAAAAUUAGGUAUUGGAAAGUAGUAGCAUAUUCAGAUAUUAUUGUAAUGAUGUUAAUAUGUGUAUAUUAAGUAUCAAGAGUAAGAUGAACCUAUAAUGCAUUAUACUUAUUAAAUAGUUAGAUAUUGAUUAAUAAGCAUAAAAAACUUGCUGAGCAUCAGUAUUUGCAAGAUGAUUUGCACUGUUGUAGUUCAGUAAUAAAUCAAGUACUGUGGUACUAAAUCAACAAUGCAAAAUUGCAAGGUUCUAGUUGUGAAAAAAGUAAAUAAAGAAGAUUGAGCAAAGCAAGGAAGAUUGGUAAAAGAGAGUAAAAUUCUCAUUAGAAUGACAGACUCCAAAUCUUGUGCUAGAAUUCUGCCUGUUAGUCACAAAGACUUAUGUGAAUACAAAUAAUGAAUGCAAUGUGGACCAGAGUGAGUGGACUGUGAACAAGGUCCUUGGCCAAAACCAUGUAACUCACCCUAAGAUCACGACAAAGAUUAUAUUUUAAGUUAUCCUAAUGUUUGGUGUUGUGAGCUUGCUACAUUAGUACUCAGGUGUUCUGCAGUCAAGUUUUGACAGGUGACCACUGGAAUAUACUAAUAAUCAUAUUUAACAGUGCACCUCUACUGCUGACAUUGUGAGCUAAGAAUAAAUUUAAUUAAAAGUUUCAUUGGAAUAGGGCUUAAAAAUUACUCUAUUUUAAAAUAAAAUCUCUAAUUAAAUUUAGUCUCGUUUUUCUAAAGCUCUGAUUUUCACACUUUUUUUUUCCAUUCCAAUUAUUAUGUCAUAAUGUAUUUACAGAAGUGUCCAUCUUUGUUAAGAUGAUGAUGUGAUGUGUGGCCUCCCUGGUGGGUGGGGGUGGCCUCUUCUACACUUCUUCACACACUUCACACCCUUAGAAAUUUAAGACUUGAGAACAUCUGAAAUACGUCAUAGAAUUCCAUUAAUUACAUUAUUACUUUUGUUAAUUUUUAGUGUUAGAGAUGUGCCAAUAUUUCAUAUUGCAUAGUAACUAAAGCUGAAGGUGUGUUCAAUUCAUUGCUGAUGUAUUUGAUAAUGAAUUGGUUAAACAUUUUUAGAAUAUUAAGUAUACAGUAUAUGUAUACUUCAGUUUAUGAAGUGGUUCUAAAAAUUUUAAGGCCAUAUUUUUUCCUGAUGAAAUUUAUGGGCAACCCAUGUUGAAUAAUAUGGUGGGCCAAGUGAAUAAAAUGUUCAUUUUUAGUCUUAAUAAAAACUUAAAUUACCAUUACAGUCCAAAAAUCAUGCAUAAUACACAUAUCCAAAUCUUUUGAACUGAAAAAUGGUAAUUUUCCCAGCAUAUUCCACGCACUCCAAAUAUGUCAUUGUCUGUUGACAAAAUUAUAAGAGCUCUGGUUCUUCUAUUAGCUAGUGCAGGAGCUAUUCCAGGGGCUCCUUGCACAUCGUGUUCUUGCCAGAGCUGCUACCUGUUCACAAGGGUAUGAUAACCUUACUGUGUACUUUCUCUUACAACAAUCUUGUUAACACAUUGAACAUUAGGAACGUUGAAUUGAUCUCUAUGCCACUAUGGUAUUUUAUGUUUGGACGUGAUAUUAUUAUUCCUUAUUAUUAUGAGGAACAUUAUUACAGCAUUGGCACUAGAAUAAUGCUAGUAUGUUUUCUGUAGAGGAGCUAACAUUUUGGGACACUGGUGUUUUGUGUCUACAGAGCAACUUGGAUUAUGGGAUAUGCUAAUUACAGCUUCAUGGUUCUAUACUCUUAUUGCUACAAUGUAAUUUUGUUGAAAAUUUUCACUUUGCAGUCUUGCAGCAACACCGCUCUUAGUGUUCCCCCAUUUCAAAUCAGAACAAGUUUGUACUUCUUAAGCUUAGAGCAACUACUGGAAUCUGUUUGUUAAGGAAUAAGUGCUCUGGAAAAUCAUAUUUUUGUUAUCUGCAUGUUUGUUGAACCUUUUCUCAUUGAACCAUACAGUGUAAGGAUAAGAGAAGUUAAAUGAACAGGAGACUGCUGUAGUUUUGCCUCAAAGUACAUGUGUUCCAGAAAUUCUACAAGUGCACUAAAAUCUGAGGAAAGGAAUUGUGGUCACUCAGGAUUUUUUUUUCUCUAAUGCUUUCUCAUGGAAGGUAAAUAUGUAACUGACUGAUUACAAGGCCAGGGCUGUAAAUCAGUCUUUCCUGUCAUUUAUGGGUAGACAUAAUUACCCCCCCCCCCAAAAAAAAAAAAAAAAACUUCCUGCACACACACAAUCCCAUUUGUGUCCAAAAGAUAUACAACAUUGCCUUUCCAUCAAAUGGGACAACUUGGAACUUGGUGAGGUGGGUGCUACCAUUCCAUGCUCAAUCAAUGCAUCUUGGCUGCAUAGUGAUGCAUCUGGGAAACAUCACCAAUGAUUAUUUUGUGCAGAGUCUUUUCACUGUGGAUCAUUCGUCAAUGAUUUUUUCUGGUCCAACCACUUGGGCUGGAUGGUAAAAUGACGGUCUCGCUUCGUGCCGGUCGGUGUUCAAUUCCUGAUCGUACAAGUGGUUGGGCAUCAUUCCUUUUCCCCCGUCCCAUCCCAAAUCCUUAUCCACUUCCCUUCCAAGUGCUAUAUAGUCUUAAUGGCUUGGCACUUUUCCCUGAUAAUUCCUUCCCUUCCCUACUAGUCCACUGAAUUCAGUCUAUACAGUCCUCUUCCUUUCAGAUUAAAGCUGUACAAUAUGAGAAGAUAGAACAAUGUUGCUGACUCCUUCACAAUAAAAUUUGUGGUUGUUGUGAGCAGUAUAUUAGAGGUUCUCGAUUUCUUUUAACUUGCUUUGUAGUAGGUUGACUCCAGCAGGACCACUUUUAUGGGUCAGUCUGCUCUCACAUUUCUCUUAUGCAACACCAGUUUCAUAUACUGUAUUCAUUUGUAUUUGGUCAUUGUGUGUACAUGUAUCGUCAUGACUUUAUCACCUUAGAUUACAUCUUUAUCAUUAUUAACAAGGAAUCCAAUGCCGAAGCUAUUGUACGUUCGAGAAUUUCUUUAUUCCAGCAUUAGACCUUCUUUAACUUUGCUUUAACUACUUUUAAUUACAUUAUGGCAGUUACAUGUGCCUUGUUUCUGACAAAAGAAUUAUAAACUAAGCACCUAUUAAAUUAAAAAAUAAUAAAAUUUCUUCAUUUCAAAAAAAUUAUUUGCUGUAUUCCACUUGAAUAGUCUUGAAAAAAUUGCCUACAUGCAAUGUAGUCAUCUUUUGGACUCCCAAUGAUACUUUACACUAGUUUUCUUUCUAAAAAAUUAUAGUCAUUUGCUUUCAUUUAAAAAUUUAUGUAAUCUGUGAUGUGACAGGAUUACCUUAUAAUUAUUUGUGUAUCAUGUCAUAUAAAAUAUCUGAGGAAGGUUUUAAAUGAGGCCACACUUUGAAAGAGGAAGGGCCAGCCAUAUAUUUAGUCAUUGGAUAUUUUUUUUUUCUCAACAUAUUUUACUGUUUGUAACUUUACAAUCUGAUUUUAAUUUUUGUUUACCUGUGUCCACACAUGCAUGAUCAAACACACACACACACACACACAUUCGUGUGUGUGCAUGCGUAGGUCAUCUACAUUUAUUGCUAAUAACCUAUUUCAUCUUUGCACUUGUAUGUACAUAAUGGAAUAAUGAGAACAUUAUUCAUUCUUUUCUUCACCAUUGUCAUGAAACCAAUGGUUAAUUUGUGUUUGCUCUUGUAAUGGAAAUUCUUCUUAUUGUAUAAAAAGAUUCCUCAGUUUUACUUAUAUUAAAUUCUGCUUAUUGUAUUUUAUUAGCAUACUAAAGUUGAGACCAGUCUUCACAACUAUAUGCUUUUACCUUACAUUAGUUUUCAUAAUUAUUUUUACUUUGUGUCAUUAUUCUACUGUACAGUGCAUGUGAAAUAUUAUUAAUUCUUAAAACCACUUACAGUUGAACAUUGAUCGUGGUUCAUCAACUCUAUUGUUACCUUUUCUUCCCUUUAUGCUCUUGCAGUAUUGUGAAUCACUACACCUUAUUUUUCCUUCAGUACCCUCUAGAAAUUUGAUUAUGAGACACCUGAAAGAUUAAGCAGACAGCAAAUUUACACAAGGAAAGCAAAAUCCAUUUUAAAUGACAGUUUUGAGUUGUGUUUCUGUUGAAUGUCUGAAUCAUCAUCUUGUGUUUCACGUCACUGUAAACUCUGUUAGAGGCAAACAGGGAUGGCAGCAAGCACUGCAAGUAAAGCAAAAUGUUAAACAGACUUUAUUCUUUGAAAUGAACACCUGCAGAAAUUUUUUUUAUAUUUUAUGUGAGAAAAUUUAAUGGAGAUUUUUUAUUACCUGCCAACUUAAUUACUGUAUUUCCAUACAUAUAUUUAUAAAAAAAAGUGAGUUCAGUGAAACUGUGUUCAUAAUUUUACAAUAUAUCUUUUUCAUUAUUUUGACUUUGUAAGAUGGCUGAAUGUUCAUGGAAGAAAUUAAUUUUUGUAUCCUGAUUAUAAUAAUUACCUUCUAGUGCUUCUGUAAUGCAAAUUAUAACAUUCUAGCUUUUUUUAAUUAAUUAUCAAUCCAGCAUAGUUAUGUUUUGUUUCUUAAUGUUUAUCAUAGUUGGGAAAGUAGAUUGUGAAAGAUAUAUUAAAAUGCCAAAUGUGAUUUUAAUUAAUGUAUCGUUCACAUCUCGUACAAUUAUAAACAUAGUUAUCACAAAAUUGUGGAAUGAAACCAAUUGUAUAUACAUGUAUUGAACUGAUAAUUCCAGCUUAAAAUGCACAGCAACAAUUUUACCUUAAAAUAAUGGGGGAGGAUUUGUAGCAGGAUUGCUGUGUUCAUAAAUGUAAUUAACACUGGCAGUACUGUAUCAUCACCAUUAUCUAAUUAUCCACUACCAUGCUUACGAAGAAUGAAAAAUAAGAGUAAUAAAUUGUUUUUGCAAUGAUUCAAAGUAAUAACUUAAGAAUCUGCUGAAGUUAUUGCUGUAUUAUUGGUAGCAUGUGUGAAGAGAUGUAGUUUUGUGGUGAUGUACACAGUAUACAUGUGGUGAUGUACACAGUAUACAUGUGGUGAUGUACACAGUAUACAUGUGAUGAUGUACACAGUAUACAUGUGAUGAUGUACACAGUAUACAUGUGAUGAUGUACACAGUAUACAUGUGCUGAUGUACACAGUAUACAUGUGGUGAUGUACACAGUAUACAUGUGAUGAUGUACACAGUAUACAUGUGCUGAUGUACACAGUAUACAUGUGGUGAUGUACACAGUAUACAUGUGAUGAUGUACACAGUAUACAUGUGAUGAUGUACACAGUAUACAUGUGCUGAUGUACACAGUAUACAUGUACUGAUGUACACAGUAUACAUGUACUGAUGUACACAGUAUACAUGUGGUGAUGUGUACACCAUACCUCGCGUGUACUAGUGUUGACCAAACAACCGUCACUGACCAGGCUUCUUGCACACUAUUGUCAUAUUAUUACUGUGUGUUGAUGAACAAUGCUUAUCUGGCAUUAAAAUGCCUGAUUUAAAAAACACUGCACUUUUUAUUGUAUUAAGAAGUACAUACAAUUAAAGAAGUUUAAUAUUUCCUUAACCAUUUGUGAAGAAUUUCAAUACCACUAUUACUUUAUUAGCUUUGUGUAUUAUAUACAAAUCAAGUAGAUUUGUUAUGAUAUUGUUAAGAUUAUUAAAUAACAUUGGCUGUCAUGUGUUCCUAGUUUCAUUAGUGGAAAGGUGAGAUAAUAUGAUUGCUGGGAAUAUGGUUUGGUCUUGAGCACAUUGGCUGUAAUAAUAAUACGACAUAAGAAUGUCAGACAGUAGCUACUCUUGAUUAUAAUGUACUGUCAUGUAUACCAAUUUGUCAUAGGCUAGAAAAACAUAGACUUUUACAGAAAAAACAAGAUAAUGUUUUGCAGUUGUUAGCAAGGAAAAGUAUGCAUGUUCAGUAGGCAUAGGGACGCUUCCUUGUGAUGUUUAAUUGGUGUGCGGACACCUUUCCACAAUGAGCAAACAAAUGGAUGUUUGUGUACCUCUUUAGCAUAAUUCUCUUUAUUUUACAUUUAGAUAUAAAAUUAAUUCUUUUGUUUUGGUGGUGAGUUUAAUUGAAACAUAUUCCAGAGUUAGAUAUCACUAAAUGCACAUAUUCCAAUAUAGUUAUUGCUUUUAUUUGCAUUAUAUGAAAUAUAUUCUUAUAGUCAUUAAUAAAGCCUGCUAGCCACACAUCCAUUGUAAAGCCAUUUGUUAUCCAGUUAGUCCUAUUGAAGCUUGCUUGCUAAACACAAUUUUUUUUAUUAACACAUUUUGGUACAUCUGCAUUUAUGCAGCUACCCAGUUCAAGACUAUAUGAAGGGAAGUACAGAGUAUGUCAAGAGCUAGCUACUUGAUGCUAAAAAUUCCCAUCAUACAAGAUGGUGAGUCAUACAGGGCCAUGUGUUCAGUAGUCUGCACCGGCAAACUCGAAUUGGAGAUGACUUGUCCAAUAAAACACUUUUAUGAAGCCUGAUAUUCAAGUUUCCAAAUUACUGGAGUCUGUUUAGUUAAUGAAAUAAACAAAACCUGUUAUUCAGAUAUCCAAAUUAACAUGCAAUGGUAGUGAAGUUGGGUGUAGCGGCACCCAGACAUGCUCAAGCUGGUGGUCGUAUAUCCACACACCUUGGCGUGGUUUAAAGGAUAUUUACAGAUGAAGGUUUGGUUAAUGUUUCAUUUCAUGCAAAGUAUUAAGUGUAUAAUUAUUCCAAGAAAAAUGGUAUGUAACAUAGAAUAGUGUAUUAUAGUAAACCACAGUUUGUUGUUACUUUAUAUUACUGAUAUACUUUUAUGGAACCACAGUAGCAAAAUGAGAGGCUUUUUUUUUUUUUAAUGUCUUGCAGAAGAUUUUCAGCCAUUAUUGGUUGAACAUCUUUUAUAAUGAAAUUUAAAAUGUGAGGUGUGAGGUAGUUGCUUGUUUCAAAUUUGGCAAACAUUGUAAUCACAGCUAUUUGUUGUUAGCCAGCUGCUGAUCUAAUCAAGUGUUCUUCACAACAGCCAAUAUAUGGAUAAUGUGCCAAAUAUAUAUAUGAUUGAAAAUAGCAAAAAUUACUGUCAAAUAACCAUAUUUUUGCUCAAAAUUUUAAUAAACGUUGGUGAGACGUAAUUGGAAAGCUAAAUGCUUAACAAUUUAAAGAUAAAUGACUGAGUACUGUAUAUGUACAGUAAUUUCUGCAGAUAUUUCAUCAGUAUGGUAGUUGAUAAACACAUUUAAUCUUUCCAUUUGAGAGCCCCCAAAAUAUGCUGAGCCUAGUUAGAUUUUGGGGAUCCAUUAGGCUCUUUGGCAUAGAUAAUUAAGCAGUGGCUGUAUGUACAGUACUUUGAAGGAUGUUGUCUAUUUUAUCAUCACAUUUAAUACUAGUUCAUAGGAUAAUUUUUGUUGGUUCAGUAUUAUUCUCUCAUGUGAUUUACCUCUCUUAACCAAGAAUCUUGUCUGUAUAAUUCCUAAGACGUUUUUGAUAAGCUUAUCGCAGAAUUUGAUGUAAUACAAUACCACACAGUCACAAAAGCAUGUCAGCUUUUAGUGUGGGUACCUCUUGUUUAUAUAUAUAUAGAAUGUACAUAUAUAGUAUGCAGUAUAUAGAUAUAUACAGUAUAGGCUUAUAUAUAUGUCACUUGUGAAUAUUUUCAUAAAUACUGUAUGGUUAAGUAUGCUUAUUUUAGUAGAUAUCUUAGAGCUGAUGCUUAAAUGACUUAGUGUGAGAAAACCCCUUGAUGCUUAUUAGGCCUAAGUGUACACACAAUGAAUGACUGUGUGUAUGACUAAAGGUUUUGUCGGGUGACAAGAUUUGAGUAAACGUAUUUUAAUUUGAUUGACUUUUGUGGAUAAAAUGAAGUGGUUGCUGGACAAGAGUUUAUCCCCAGGUGGUGAUUAUGCUUACAGCAGUUGUUAGUGUUGUAAGCAUUGAUGUGGUGUAGCAAAAUGACUUCAUUAUGUUUUGUAAAUCUUUAUUUUAUAUUGAUAGUCUAUGUUUAGACCAUGAUCUUGUUCUUAUGGGCUUACAUUCUUGAUUAGGAUUUAGGUUCCUGAUGCUUGAUAUAAAAUUAGCAAUGUGGAUAUAUUAAUGAGUAAUGGUAUAUUUUUACAAUACAAAAUCUGGUAUAGUAUGCAGAUUGAUAAUGUUGCUGAUAUAAGUGUGCAUGCAUGUGCAAUUUAUUUUUGUGAUUAACUUAUGGAUAAAGAAUUUGCUAAACUCAAUCCAGAGAACAAAAAUUAUAUCAAGCAUUAAACUUAAGAUAACUACCAAAUAAUGAUUAAAACAGUUCUAAAAGAAUUCUAGGUUUCUUAAAAAUUGAUUAAGAGUAUUAUAAAAUAUCGACAAGUCUCAACCACUGCUGGAACAUUUUUGUUAAUGUUGGAUUCCAAUCACUGAUAUAGUAAUAUGGCAAAUUCACUAAAUUCACUUUAUAAUAUAAAUUUGUUCAAAGUAAAUGCUGUUAGUGAUUUCGUACACUUAUGAAAUAUUAACUCGAAUACAAAACCUUUGGAUAUAGAGCACAUACCACAUAACAGCUCUCCAGAUAGCUGUCAGUAACAUUUUACUGUAAAUAUAAGAGGUAACAAUGGGUGAAAGACUGCAGAAAUGUUUAUUGGUCGUAUUCUCCAUUACUCAUAAACUUGCAUACCACUUCAUAAGAUUGUUUCACUGAAUGAACUACUAUAAAAAUGCAAUAAUGAAUACUCUGAAGAAUUAGCCACAAAGGACUGAAUGUGAUGUGAAGAAAGAGUGUGUGUGCCUCUCGUGCAUGUUGAUUGUUGUUGGUGUGUUUGGGGUGCGGUUGGCACAAGUGCCAUUCAAAGGUAUUUAGGUAAACUUGAAGAUUUGAUUUUUUUGGACUCCACUAAGUUGUGUUGUAAUUCCAAGAUGCUGUAAUUAUUUUUAUUUAAAAGGAUUAUGUUUAAAAGAUUACUUUCGUAUUUUUAUGCAUUGAAUACUAUAUUAAAAUAUAUAUGUGAUUUUGAGAACUAUUAAAUUAAGUCCUUUAGUUUAUUAUAAUACUGUAAUUGAUUAAUAAAUGUAAUAUUUAGUUUCUGAAAAGAAAAACUCAACAUUCAUGGAGUGUUCUUGGCUAAUGUAUGGUAUGACAUUUGGUGAUGGGAGUUAAGGUGCUGUGCAAGAUACAACAUUGUCACAAUGUUUCCCAUCAAACACCAUACUGUACAUUUUAAUGUAUACAACAUUUGAAAAUAUUUUUCUAAUUCUCUUUAUGAUAAUGAGCAAGUCAUAUGUAACUGAAAACUUUUACCUGCAGUAAUUAUUGGAUUUAUUUAUCUCAACGAUGUUCAUUUUUCCAAUGCCAAAAUUUUUUCAUUAAUAUAUAUAUGCAGUAUAGUACAGUAUAGCAUGAAUAUUGUUUUGUUUUGUGGUGACCUAUAAUAAUUAGAAAUGCCAAAGCACUUUUCUUCCUUCAAUGGGGGGGGGUUGCAUUUUUGGUUAUUUUCUGAAUUUGUAUUAGUAGAUACUGUUUAGCAAUGUUUGCUAAAGGACUAUAUUAGGUAACCUGAACCUAUUUCUUGUACACCAUUUGAUAAUUAAUUUUUGUACCAUGACACUUGCCCUGAGCUCCCAUUAGUUAUUGAAUCUCGAUCUUUUGCUCCAUAACAAAUGAAAUAGUUAAAGUUUACAUUUGCAGGAAAACAUUUGAUGGUAUUAGGUUGUGUAUGGACUAAUAAUUAGGACAUUUUGUUCAAUAAACUAUUGUACUUA